AUGCCCGACGUCUUUUCCGUCCCCAUCUUCCUCGUCACCUUCCGCGAAGCCCUCGAGACAGUCAUCAUCGUCUCAGUCCUGCUCGCCUUUCUCAAACAAACCCUCGAAAAUGACAAGGCCUUGCACAAAAGGCUAGUCCGCCAGAUCUGGCUCGGCACCGUCCUCGGCCUUCUCCUGACCCUCAUCGUCGCCGCCGCCCUCAUCGCCGUCUUCUACACGGCCGGCGCCAACACCUGGGAGGCAUCCGAGCUGCGCUUCGAGGGCGCCUUCUCCCUGGUCGCAUGUGUCAUCAUCAGUGUGGUGGGCGCGGCCCUGCUGCGCAUCGGCAAGAUGCAGGAUAAGUGGCGGGUUAAGUUGGCGGGGGUUAUGGAGGGAAGGGGUGCGGGGGGGUGGUGGUCAGAGUGGGGAUGGGGAGGGGGAGAAAGGGGGGUUGGGUGUGGGUGUGGGUGGGCGGGUGAAGAGGUGGAUGGAGAGUUGUUUUUGGUCAUCUCGACAUGUCUGCUCUACCUUGUCGCUGCCGGCCUCUUUUCGCGAGCUGUGUGGGCCUUUGAGCAGCACACUUGGCAAGAACUGAUAGGAGCCGAUGCUGCAGAGCUUGGUAUGGGUCCGGGAUCGUAUGAUAUUGACCAGUCCGUGUGGCAUGUCAACUGCUGCAGCCCAAACUUCGACGGCGGUAGCGGCUGGGGUUUCUUCAACGCCAUCUUCGGGUGGACCAACUCGGCCACCUAUGGCUCCGUCAUCUCAUACAACCUGUACUGGCUCUGUGUGAUCGUGUCGUUCCUCGUCAUGAGGUACCGCGAGGUCAAGGGCCACUGGCCGUUGAUGAAGCGCAAGGACUCGCAGUUGCCGGCGGCAGACUCAGAACCAGAGGAGAGCAGCCAGAAGUCUGCAAGUCAGGCAGGCGAGUCGUCUGAGGGCAAGACGAAAGCGAGGGGCGAGGUGACUCUGGUUUCGGUGUAG